AUGCGUCGCUCUAAAGGCUAUCAGGAUUUAGACGAAAAUGCCAGGGAACUACGCCAGCCCGUGGCACCUAUGCCACCUCCUCAGGAAAUCGAAAUGGCAUCAGUAUCAGUGGUACCAGAUGAUACAUUUACAGUGACACAAGCUGUCAACGCUUUAGGGUUUGGAUGGUUCCAGGUUAAGUUAUCACUGUUUACGGGACUAUGUUGGAUGGCGGAUUCUAUGGAAAUGACAAUACUGAGUAUAUUAUCUCCAGCUCUACAUUGUGAAUGGAAUAUUAGCAAGUACCAGCAAGCCCUUACAACUACUAUAGUCUUUAUGGGUAUGAUGUUAAGUUCUACUUUUUGGGGCAACAUCAGUGAUAGAUAUGGAAGAAAAACGGCACUCAGUAUGUGUGGUGUUCUACUGUUUUACUAUGGUAUUUUAAGUUCAAUAGCACCCAAUUUUCUGUGGUUAUUAUUUUUGAGAGGUCUAGUUGGAUUUGCUAUUGGUUGUGUUCCACAAUCAGUCACACUGUACGCUGAAUUUUUACCAACGAAACAACGCGCUAAAUGCGUAGUUUUACUCGACUGUUUUUGGGCAUUGGGGGCAUGUUUGGAGGUAGCUGUGGCUCUCGUAGUAAUGCCCACACUUGGAGUUCACUGGUUAUUAGCGAUCUCUACUAUCCCACUUUUGAUUUUUGCUAUAAUAUGUCCGUGGCUCCCUGAGUCAGCACGUUUUCAUGUAGCUAGUGGUCAGCCGGAUAAAGCUUUAGCAACACUAGAAAAGAUUGCCCAAGAUAAUGGACGUCCCAUGCUAUUAGGGCGUCUAGUGUGUGACGAUUCUGUGGGAAUAGGCCAAAGGGGAAGACUGAAACAUCUUCUAAUACCACAUUUGCGAAACACCAGCCUUUUGCUUUGGGUUAUAUGGAUGUCAUGUGCGUUCUGCUACUACGGUCUUGUACUAAUGACUACGGAGCUAUUUGAGACAGGCCCAUCUGGUAGUGAAGAGGCUUGCGCGGCAGACUGUCGCCCGUUGCAGACCACAGACUAUAUGGAUCUCUUGUGGACUACGCUUGCGGAGUUUCCGGGUAUCUUCGCAACUAUUUUUAUAAUAGAAAAAUUUGGUAGAAAGAGGACUAUGGCGAUACAAUUCGUGAUUUUCGCAAUGUGUGUUUGUGUGCUUAUUUACAAUACCAACCGAACAUUUUUGACCUGCGUUUUGUUUUUGGCGCGCGGGAUCAUUGCUGGUCUCUUCCAAGCUGCCUACGUUUACACACCAGAGGUGUAUCCAACAGCUUUAAGAUCUACAGCUGUUGGUGCUUGCAGUGGGGUGGCUCGUUUGGGUGCCAUGGUCACACCGUAUGUAGCCCAGGUUCUUCUAAAAAACUCAAUCGUGAUUGCUACAGGUGUCUACUCGUUUGCUGCACUAUUAGCUGCGCUUGCGUGUCUUGCAUUACCGAUUGAGACGAAAGGACGAGAGAUGAGGGAUACUAUAACAGCGACUAGUUAA